AUGGUCCGCUGCGCGACGCUCGUCAUCGGCCCGGCCGGCGCCGGCAAGUCGACAUACUGCAACCUCAUGCGCACGCACUGCGAGGCGCAGCGGCGGCGCGUCCACGUCGUCAACCUCGACCCAGCAGCGGAGCACUUUCGGUACCCGGUCGCGGCCGACAUCCGCGACCUCGUGCCGCUCGAGGACGUGAUGAGCGAGCUGCGGCUGGGCCCGAACGGCGGGCUCAUCUACGCGAUGGAGUACCUCGUCGACAACAUUGACUGGCUCGAGUCGGAACUCGACGACCUCGGCGGCGACGAGUACGUCCUGUUUGACUGCCCGGGCCAGGUCGAGCUCUACUCGCACGUGCCCGCGAUGAGCCGCGUCGUCUCCGAGCUGCAGCGCAUGGGCUUUCGGCUCGCCUCGGUCUACCUGAUCGACUCGACCUUCCUGCAGGACGCGACCCGAUCCUGUCGAUUCAGAACUGACACGCCGUGA